AUGUCGUUCGCCGCAACCCACCCGCCAUCCGCUUCGCCCGAUUCGGGCUCUUCGGCGUCCCUCACCCCCACUGCGGCUCACGCAUACACGAGCAACACGGGUUUCUCAGAUCCAUCUUCCUCUACAUCUACGUCAGCAGCACCCGCAUCCGGCCAGCUGUUCAGUCACGAAGAGUCCAAAUUCAUCACUGACUCUCUCUCUUCUGCUGAGUCGUUCGAUCCUUUUACCAUCGGCGCUCCCGGCUUCAAGGUUCCGUCCUUGUUGCCGCCCAACAUCGCUUCUACGCACGACCACCUCGCCUCGCAAGCGCCGGCUGCAUCUGCACCAUCGUCAGCACCUCUAGCCUUCAGCACCUCCUCGCCUGGUCAGCAAGCCUCUGAUGUGUACGGUAAUGUAGCAGCAGCGCACAGGAUGAACAGCUUCAACUUGUACGGCCACCGUCCGACGGGCACCACGCCGCCGGUUGGUGCAGGCAACGCAUCCAGUCCGUCUUACUUUGGCCAUCUGCACGACAGCUAUGCGCAUCCGAACCACGGUAGUCGUCAUGCUUCCUUUUCGGGUCCCUCGGCAGCAGCCGCCGGCUAUGGCAAGAACAAGGCGUGGCAGAUGGAGCAGCUGUCGUUUCUCGAGGCUCAGGCCAGUCGCGGUCAGCCGCAACAGCAACCGCUUCUCCAGCAGCAUUUCCCAUAUUCUACGCCUCAUCUCCAGCUCAUGCUGCAAAAUGAACACCAUCGACGAUCUAGCACCUCGGUGAUCGGCCGUCCGGUCCCUUAUGAAAACAUUUUGUUCGAGACUCCCCAGCAUAUAUUGCCGCAACAACAACAGCAGCAGCAGCAGCAGCAGCAGCACAUGGAGCAACAGCUGCAACAGCAACAGCAUCGACCUCCCUUGUACCCGGGCGUCGAAGAGCACCAGGCCGGUCUCGCCAUGCUGGGUGCCCAGUUCCCGAGCAGUCACAACUUUGGUACCAUGCAGCAAGGAGGCGACGCAUCGGCACAACCGCAGCAUCUGCAUCACCAAGAGGGGCCUCCGGCCGGGGGUGCAGGCGGUGGCUCGUUACCCGGCGGCUUUUCGGCACAAGCUCUGGCGAUGCUGAACGGCGAUGCCGGGUUGGGUGCUGCUUCCUCGAUAGUAGGAGCGGAUGCAAACGCUGCAGGUGGCAACUCGACUCCCAGAGGACGACGAGCAUCGCGCACACCAACAGCAGGUGCAGAGGCGGGUGCAGGCAAGGCUGGUCGGGUUGCGGCGGCGGCGUGGGCUGCUGGCUCAUCUGCUUCGCCUUCCGGUUCAGCUGGUGGCGUGGGUACCAAGCGGACCUCGAGCGGUGCGCCCAAGACAGCACCGACGCAAGGAUCUUCGCUCAACUCCGGGCCCUCGGGUGCUGUCAUCCGCGCCCUGGGCGACCUGGCCAACCUCGACCUGGAUCUAGAUGGAGCAAUGCGCAUACUGCCCUCGAACCUUCAUCCGUACUUCACACCCGCACGCAUGGAAAAGCGAACGCAGCCACACCUCGAGAUGCUCCGCCAGCAGCACAUCGACGACGGCCUCAUCGACGCCAGUACCGGGCUAGAGAUCAAGCCGGAACCCACGGAGGAGAGUCUCAAACGAGACGCCGAGGAGGCGGAGCGCGAGAAGAAGCAGCACACGCUGCUCACCACCGAGGAGAAGAAGGCGAACCACAUUGCGUCCGAGCAGAAGCGGCGUGCGAACAUUCGCAAGGGCUACGAGUUGCUGUGCGAUAUCGUGCCUAGUUUGAGGGAGGCGUUGGAGAGGGAGGCGACCAAGAAGCCGCGCGGCGAUGAUGAUGAGAGUGCGUCGGAGGACGACGACGAGGCGGGAGGAAAGAGUAAGAGUCCCAAGAAGAAGAAGGCGGGAACGGGGGGAAAGAAGGGUGAGGGCGACGCCGGUGGAGGCGGGGUGGAGAUCGAUGGCGAGAAGAUUGACGGGCGCGCGGGGCCAAGGUCGGAAGCGGUUGUGCUGAUGAAGAGUCUGGACCAUAUGGGUGCGUUGGUCGAACAGUAUAAGGGCUUGCUAGGAAGGAGGAAUCGCGCGCGACUCGCGGUGGCCAACAAGUUCGGCUGGAAUGGGUUAGCGAAUCAGCCCGUCCCGGAUAUCGACCGGUUAUUAGCGAUCAAGGUGCAGGAGUGGUGGGCGUCGCAUGUGGAUGGUGAGGAGGAUGACGAGGAAGGCGAUGAUGAGGAAUUACGGUUCGGUGUGCGUGCAAGCAGUGCGGAUCAGAACGGCGGUCUGGAGGACGAGGGUGAAGACGAGGAUGAGGAGGCGCAGGAGAGCAAGAGUAAGAGAAAGUCGCCCGUAAAGGCGGGGAAGAAGGGCGGUGCGAGGAAAGGGAAGAAGAGUGUAGAAGCGGGAAAAGCGGACGGGGCCGAUGGGAUGUACGACUGA